UCGAUGUUAUUAUGUGAUGAGGAUUUAACUGAUGUGAGACUGGAACGUUUGAUUGAACAGUUGAGCGCAUGCUCGCUGUCGAACGUGCUAGAACAAUUACGAGUGGACGGCCUUAUCGCGAAACAGCGACCACAAACAGGUGCUGAUAUUAUCACUAAUCGUUAUCGGCAUUUCUUCAAUCACCGUUUCCAUGUGGAUAUCGUUGAUCAAACGAAUGAGGCAUUCAGUGAAGUGGAACGAUGUGAGACGAUAACUGUGGAUGAUCGACCGGGAAUGGUUGUGGCUGCUAUGCGAUGUUUUUAUUCGGAUUUAUCACUGGAUUUGACGAUGCCCGAUGACCUGCUGCAAGUAUUCGAUACUGGUUCUGAGCAACUUGCGAAUGUCACAAAGCAUUUACGCUAUUUGGAGUCGGCGGAUCUGCAUUUGGAACGCAUCAAAGUAACACCCGUAAAAGGCACUCAACUACCCCCGCCACUACCGAGUUCAGAGGAGAUUUUUGCAUCACUGCGAAAAAUCAUACCGAAAGAUAAGCUGAGCGGGAUUCCGUUUGAUGACUUUCUGCUGGCAUAUUCCAUAGAACAACGUGCCGUACUGAGAGGUGUCUACCAAGUUGCAGCCGACAGUAACAUUUUUGGGACAUCUCUCGAGGAAAUUAAGGAGAAAUUGGCAAACAGCACGACGAAUGAGGAUAUCGAAUGGGCGUUGCAAGAAAUGCAACGAGAAGUGCAGUUGGUGUUGGUGGGUGUGGACUGCGAUCGUUACGUGACAGCCGCGAAUGGACAGUGCUGGAUUUUGAACGGUGAACAGGGUUCGUUCUUUGCCGAGCCGUGGACCACUCUGAACGGAGACAUUAAUCCAUCAACUGUUCGGUGA